UAAGGUAAAAUUUAAGAUUUUCUAGAAAAAAAAUGUAUACUUAUAUUUGUAUUUUAUUAGCCAUUACUCAGUAGCAAUGAUAGCAGACAGCAUUGAUGGUAUUUAUGAUACGUCCAUCCGUUUGUCUUCAUUUAUUUUGCCUUAUUCAAGUGUUGCUCUUCAUGUACACAAAAUACGUGCUGCAGGCACUUAUAUUCAAGGCAGCUAUGGGGAAUCUAGUGGUCUCCCUCUUAUGUUGAAACAAUAUGAUUCCAUAGUCCGCAAUUCAGAAACAUUAGAAAGGCCUAAGAGCAUUAAAGGUGUAACAAUUUAUUGUGAACUCUGGCAUGCAGAUAUAAUGAAAGUCAUCGACCAAAUUAGAAUGACUUCUAUUGCAGAUAUAAAAUUAAAAAACUGUCAACUAGCCUUAUGGAUACCAGAUGAAUUUAUGAGAAGAGUACAAAAUGACCAAAUGUGGAGUUUCAUGAGUCCUGAUCAUUGUCCUGGACUUAUAGAUGUCCAUGGAAAAGAGUUUGAUAACCUUUAUAAAGAGUAUGAAUUAAAAAGUAAAAGUUUUGUUAUGAGGCAAAUUGAAGCAAAAAAGUUAUGGUCACAAAUUAUUCAAUCUCAGAUUGAAACUGGUUUGCCACUAUUGUUAUUUAAAGAUGCGUGUAAUGCUAAAAGCAACGAAUCUCAUUUGGGAACAAUCCAAUGUGCUGGUAGAAAUGGAGAUACUGUACAGUUUACUGCAUCUGAUGAAGUGGCCACAUGUACUACUGCUUCAAUUUCAGUAGAUAUGUUUUUAACAUCAGAAAAUAUUUUUGAUUUUUCCAAACUUAAGGAAACAGCAAAGAAAUUAACUUAUGAUUUGAAUAAAAUAAUUGAUAACAAUAAUGUUAUACUUAACAAGGAAAAACAAUUGGAAUUAGGCUUAAAACAAAAUCAAUGGGCCAUUGGAAUUGGUGUCCAAGGAUUAGCAGAUUUAUUUAUUAAAAUGAAAUAUCCUUUUGAUAAUAAAGAAGCUAGAGUUCUUAACACACAAAUUCACGAAUCUAUUUAUUAUGGUGCUUUAGAAGCAAGUUGUGAACUAGCUACUACAAAUGGACCGUAUAAGACAUUUCCAAAUAGUCCGACAAGUAAAGGGUUAUUACAAUUUGAUUUGUGGAAUGUAAAACCUUCGAAUUUAUGGGAUUGGAAUAAUCUAAAAACAAAAAUUACACAACAUGGAUUACGAAAUUCUCUGGUGACAGUUACUUCAAAUACUGAAGUUGAGUCAACAAUUUGUGGAAAAGUGAAUUCUAUUGAACCCUUAGACACCAAUGUUAAACGUAGGUAUAUUUCAUUGGGAGAAAGUAAACCAAAAGAAAUUCAGGUUGUGAAUCCACAUCUAUUAAAAGAUUUGCACGAUCGUAAACUUUGGGAUGAUAAUUUAAAAUAUCAAUUGAUGAAUAAUAUGGGUUCAGUACAGGAAAUUAAAGGCCUGCCAGAAGAUUUAAAACAACUGUAUAAAACAAAAUGGGAAAUUGAUCAAAAAGAUUUAAUAAUUAUGGCUGCUGACCGUGCUCCAUUUAUUGACCAAUCACAAGCUUUUUCUCUUAAUAUGGUUAAAGCAGAUGAAGAUAUAAUCUCUGAAAUGCUCAUAUCAACCUGGAAAAUGGGUUUGAAAACUGCGGUAUGUCAAUUAAGGAUUAAUCAAACUGAAGAGCAUCUACGAGAUUAAUAAUUUCUGUAAAUUCUUAGAUUCUGAGAGGCACAAUGAUUGUACUGAUUUUACA